AUGUCUGCGGCGCCGGACGCCGUGAAUAUUGUUGUGCACCUUUCCGGCCUUCGAGCCGAUGUUAUUUCUGCCGAGUUCAGACGCUUCAGCGCGGCCCAGCCGCGAGGCAACCGCCCCUACGCGACACUAGCGUUCUUCGAGGAGCAGCUGCAGGAGCAGCAGCAGCGCUACCUCCCGCCAAGCAUGGAGCAGCUGCGACUGGCACUCGUGAGCGAUGCGGGGGAGAUGGGCAGCUGGGGGGUGACGACACCACUUCUGCUUGAGAGAACAUUGCCGUCGUUGGAUAACGAGGACACGAAGAGAAAUGAUGGUGGAACAGACGAUAACCUCCUUUUUUUUACGGCGUCAGUGCGUGUGCCAGCCUCUUGCAUUGCGGAGCGGCUACUACGGUUCCGUUUGGUGAUUGUGGAUGAACCCCUACUGCGUGCAGUGACCGCGACGACGACGGGUUUGGCUUCUGCCACGGCGUUUGCUAAGACUCCUUGCAUCGCGCGCGGCAUUACGCCUGGUGGCGCCAUCGUUGCCGUGGAGAAUACCUACUGGGGGCCGGACACCGUGCCGCUUCUUGCCGACGCCGAUGGGAACAGCUGGAGGGCUCACAUUAACCUGCAGGACCGUACGUUACACUUUGCCCGUGCCUCAACGCAGUUUCCGUUCUUGUCACAACUGUGCGAGGUAGACAAGGUGAACCCUGUCUCCAGGGCGGGGCCUCUCCUCUCACUGACACUGUACGCGAAUGACCCACGAACGCGCUUUGAACGCCAGACAUGGCUAGAAAGUUUACCACCACAUAUGCGCGACACUAUGAUUUACCUGCAGCGUGAAUAUGCGCGGCAGUCGGACAUGGGCGACACGCCUGGCAAAGGCCCACUGUUGCCCUCCUCCUGCUUUGAGGUUGAGGACAUUUACCCCGUGCGCUGCGAUGGCAGUUGCUGGCGCGAGGGACACCUGCCAACGCCCGCUCCCAUGGAAAAGCAGAAACAAGUCGUGAAACAGGUCACGAAGCGGCGGAAGCCGCCCAAGGAGACUGAGAAUGAGCGGGAUGCAUCCCUACAGCGGACCAAGCAUUAUUCCAUAGGCAAAGACGUAGGGGGGUGGGAUAGUCUUUCGGCGACCUCCUUUGGAUCCGCGGAUCACGCGUGUAAUUAUUGGCCCUCGUGGCAGCAGCAGCAACUCCCUCCAUUGAACGGGAACUCCUACACCUCGUGCGAUAACACCACCACUGCCGUUGUGCGGCGUGGCUGGUGUGUGGAGCCACUGCAUGGCGUUGACCCCGUGCGCCCCUUCACCCCGGGUGACCCACAGUUUACAAUGCGUGUGUGGCACUCGACGGUUAACGUAGCACCGCUAGAAGGGCGUGGGCUGCAGAUUGAGGCCAUGAUGCCAGUACCUAUUUAUGGGGUGAAUGCUGGGGAUGGCAGCAGCGUGGUCUCAAACAAGUUGACGGCAUCCUCGCUGGCCCCCGACCUCUCCUUAACAGUCACGUCUGCGGAGUGGAACGCAUGUCAUCAGACCGUGGGCAUGGAACGCGAAGAUGCCAACUGCAGCAACAGCAGCGGGACGAGCAUCAGCAGUCAUGUCAGUCGUGCGGUGGUGGUGGGUGUACGAUGGGUGAAGGGUGUUGCUGUACUGCAGCCCCCGCUGUUUAAGCAUCACACCAGUGGCACCCUUGCCAUUCCGCUUUGCUUCAUGGACACAGCCCCUGGCGUUGGUGGCACUCCAACGGCCUACUGGCACACUGUCUACGUCCAGUACCUGUUUAUCUUUCCCUUUUACUAUCCACUGCGCACUACGCUUGAGGUAAUUCGCUCGCUUUCGUCACUGGGCCGUUUAACAACAAAAAAACCCGUUGGUCACCGUGGACUCGGCAAGACGUAUACGCGUAGGGACCCAUCUGAUUUGUUGGACGACUCCACCCCCUCCUCAGCGAAACCCAAUCCUGUGAAGAAGAACCGCCUCACCGUGAAGCUGGCGGAGAACAGCCUAGAGGCCAUCAACGCAGCCCAUAGACGAGGUUGCGACAUGGUGGAGUUUGACGUGAUGCUCACACGGGAUCGCAUUCCAGUCGUAUUUCACGAUCCACUCAUUCAGCUGCAGGCACGGAAGAAGCGCGGCGCCGGAACCCGCAACGGCCGCGUAGAGCGCCGAGUGUCGAAAGACGGUUCGCUGGAUUUUUGCAACAGCCCCGUCUUCCUCAUGGACAGUGUACCAAUGCAACAGCAUCACGGCCGGCAUCACCAGCCGCCGCUGCAGGCCCGUUCCACCGUCCUUAUGAAGUCCGUGUUGUCGGGCGUUUCCAUGACUCCUGAACAGGCGUCGCCGAAGAUGUUUCAUAUUAACUCGCAAAAUAUGCUCAACUUUGCCUCCGUUCCCAUCGCUCUGCAUCAGUUGACAAAGCGGGAGCUGGAUGUGGUGACCACGGAGACCUUUUCGCAUGUGAAGGAGCACAACACGCUGCGCAAUUUGAUUCUGCGGCACUGGAACCAAAUCAUCCGCGUCUCCCGCAAUCGUCAGCGACUGGAGUGCAUGCAGAAGUGUGAGAUUGAACCACUCACAGGGGAGUCUGAGUUUAGCGGGUGCAUGCCAAGGGAAAAGUGGGGCAACGUCGGGACGCAAGAGCGGGGCCAAAAUAAGUCGCGGUUGCGCCAGCGGCAGAUGCUGGCGCAACAGGAGGAUGUGACGAAUCACAUUUGCACGCUGCAGGACCUCUUUGAGGGCACCCCGCCGACGCUGCGCUUUGAUCUGGAGGUGAAGUUUCCUUUUCAACCUAUUGGGGAUAGAAACUUGUUUCUGCAGACGGACGCCUUUGAGGUAAACGCCUUUGUAGAUGACAUUUUGCGCGUCGUUUUUGCCUUCGCCGACCAGCGGCAGCUUGUCCGGGAUGAGCGGGGGGACGCGACGGAGCGGCCCCGCGACGUCAUCUUCAGCAGCUUUGAGCCCGAUGUCUGCCUCGCUCUCAAGAUGAAGCAAAGCCGCUUCGACGUUGUGUUUCUUUGCGAUACGCAGCUGUCGGAGGAUUUCAAGGACUACCGCUGCUUCGGGCUUGUGGAGGGGGCCCUGCAGUUUUCCGUUUUCAUGCAUCUCUCUGGCGUCUCCAUCCUCGCCGCGUCGUUGUGUACCAAUGAGCAGAUGAAAAUCCCCAGCGACCACAGCGUUCCCCGCCUGCCGCGGCAACCCGCCUCCCUGCGACUGGAGAUUGAAAAAGCAGGACUGAAGACUGCGGCUGCGUUGAAAAGAAAUGAAAUGAACGAGAAUAACACUGACGAUCUUGCUAAUGAAGAUGGUGACGGCCAUGUUGUUAUUUCCGAUCCACGCGAGGCGCACUGGGCCACGUUUGAUUGCUCCCGUGGGAAAGCCAUCGCCUCCUAUGCGCAUGCUCACCAACAACUUAUAUGGUCAUGGGGGGAAAAGAACAACGAUGAACAGUUUACCUACGUGCAAUCGCAAGUGUUUAUGAUCGAUGCCAUUAUCACCGACAAUGUUCCCUUGUGGACUGCGGCGCAUAAUUCCAUGAGCCCCAUUGGCACCACGCUGUCCACCUGA